UCCCCGGAACCGGAAGUGAUAGCGGACCGCCGGAAAUCGUAGAUUUGGGGAGGUCGGAGCCGCAGGGAGCUGUAGUUCUCCCGCGGAUCAGAGAACUAGGCAGAGAGCGGAGCUGGCAGCCGGGCAGCAUGUCGGGGCUGGAGCUCUUGUCGGACCAGGGCUACCGGGUGGACGGUCGGCGCGCCGGGGAGCUGCGCAAGAUCCAGGCUCGGAUGGGCGUGUUCGCGCAGGCUGACGGCUCGGCCUACAUCGAGCAGGGCAACACCAAGGCGCUGGCGGUGGUCUACGGCCCGCACGAGAUCCGGGGUUCCCGGGCUCGAGCCCUGCCGGACAGGGCCCUAGUGAACUGUCAGUAUAGUUCAGCGACCUUCAGCACAGGUGAGCGCAAGCGACGGCCACAUGGGGACCGGAAGUCUUGUGAGAUGGGCCUGCAGCUCCGCCAGACUUUCGAGGCAGCCAUCCUCACACAGCUGCACCCACGCUCCCAGAUUGAUAUCUAUGUGCAGCUGGCUUUGUGGAUGGCACAGCCCUGGCGGACCUCAGCCAUGUGGAGGAAGCAGCUGGUGGCCCCCAGCUGGCCCUGGCCCUGCUGCCAGCCUCGGGACAGAUUGCACUGCUUGAGAUGGAUGCCCGGCUGCACGAGGACCACCUGGAGCGGGUGUUGGAGGCUGCUGCCCAGGCUGCUCGAGAUGUGCACACCCUCUUGGACAGAGUGGUCCGGCAGCAUGUGCGUGAGGCCUCUAUCUUGCUGGGGGACUGACCACCCAGCCACCCAUGUCCAGAAUAAAACCCUCCUCUGCCCAGACAACCCUCACUGUACGUUAAUCACCCAGCAGCACUUCAGAGCCAUGUGAAGCCUGGCAGAGCCUGGUCUGGUGCUGGCUCCUGGGGAUGACCAGGGACCCUCGCCCACACAUGAACUGCCUAUCUCUGUGUAGCCUGAUUCAAACCCUGAAGAGAACAAUGGAUUAGGGGGUUGCUGUGGGGGAGGUCCUGGGUGGAAAAAGCAACAUGUCCCAGUAAGGACUCAAGGCAGCUGAGCAGGAGGCAGGGCCUGGCAAGAUGAGCCAGGCCAUUAGACUGAGGAAUCUGUUACCCUUACUCCAGCACAUCCAGGGCCCCGAGAAAAGGGCUGAGGGAGAACUCGGCUGGCUCUGAGUACCCAACCUAGAGAUGUGGGGGCCAUGUGCCAUGGCCUCUGGACUAUGGUUUGGAGCCCCUUGGGCUUUUCCUGCUGCUUAUCUUGGGCUCUAAAAAUACAACAGCCAGGCAUGGUGGCUCACACCUGUAAUCCCAGAACUUUGGGAGGCUGAGGCAGGCGG